AUGAUGAGCGACUCCAAGUUGUGUUCCCUCUCCUACAGCGUGUACCUGAAAUUCCUUGCUGUGUCUGACACCUUGGUCCUGAUCGCGAAUUUAUUUACGCAGACCGAAAAGCAGUUUCGUUUGCCGAUGGUUGCUAACAUCAACAACACUCUCUGUAAAAUGUCUGUCACCUACCAGUUAUACACAAUGUUGUUAUCACCAUGGCUGGUUAUAGGACUUACUCUCGACAGAUUCGUAUGCGUCUGUUUACCGCUGACUCGGCGAAGAUUGUGUACUAGGAAGAAAAGCAUUGCCGUCUGUUCGUGCAUGGUUGCUGCAACCAUUUUGCUAGUUCUACCCAGUUUGAUUCUAACGAAGUUGGGAAAUGGUGGCUGUAAUCCGUCAGAUGAACUUGUCUACUACUUGCUGCCUGUUCGUCUGAUAAUGUCGGCCACGCUACCCUGCGUUUUAAUACUCCUCCUCAACAUCGUUAUGAUCGUUCGCAUCAAACGUAGCAACGAGUUUCGAAACACGCUAAUAAGGAACAGGCAAAUUCUUCGAACGACAGUUCAACACGCCCCCUGGUGUUAG